UAUGAUUACUAUUUACCUCACAAUAUGUUUUAUAGUACUUUUAGAACGAUUCGCCAUGAAUUCUUUUAUUGAACAGGCAAUGGAAAAGAUCACCGACUUGCAACGGCAUACACGCUAUUGUAUAAACAACUAUGAUUAUUAUCAUAAAAAUAAUGAAUUUGAUAUUUUGCGUAAUAAAGAAAAAAUACUUCGUGCCAGCGCCGUGCACCUUAAUGAAUUCCUAAAUACGUUAGCAGAAGUUCAAGACACAAUUGAAGAAUUAAAUAAGCAAUGCGACGAAGUGGAUGUAAUUCUGGAGAAUUGUACAUCUAAUAAAGGUAAAAAGGAUGAAAAGGAGGAUACUGAUAGCGGCAAAGAGAAUAUGUAAUUAGCUUAGCUUUCAAAUAAGUUUAUAUUUAAAUACAUAUGUGUGUAUGCAUUUCUGAGUAGCGUUAACUAACUCUCGAACAAGACUUUAAAAGUGCUUGUUAAUUCUACAUAAAUAAAAUAAUGUCCUACAUAUGUAUAUAAUGCAA